CGCGCUUCCUCCCUCCCCCACUGAGCGGACGGCGAGGGGUGGCCGGCAGGCAUGGAGGACAAAAUCUUCACCAAGGAGCUGGACCAGUGGAUCGAGCAGCUCAACGAGUGCAAGCAGCUGAGCGAGAGCCAAGUGCGGAGCCUCUGCGAGAAGGCUAAAGAGAUACUGACAAAAGAAUCAAAUGUGCAGGAGGUACGUUGUCCUGUGACAGUUUGCGGAGAUGUCCACGGUCAGUUCCAUGACCUUAUGGAGCUCUUUAGAAUUGGUGGGAAGUCACCAGACACAAAUUAUCUCUUCAUGGGCGAUUAUGUUGACAGAGGAUACUACUCUGUAGAAACUGUGACUCUUCUUGUGGCGUUAAAGGUGCGCUACCCUGAACGUAUUACAAUUCUGAGAGGCAACCAUGAAAGCAGACAAAUUACGCAAGUAUACGGCUUCUAUGACGAAUGUCUACGGAAAUAUGGAAAUGCCAACGUUUGGAAGUAUUUCACAGAUCUGUUUGAUUAUCUUCCUCUUACAGCUCUAGUAGAUGGACAGAUAUUCUGUCUCCAUGGAGGUCUUUCUCCAUCUAUAGAUACACUGGAUCAUAUCAGAGCCCUCGAUCGUCUGCAGGAAGUGCCGCACGAGGGCCCUAUGUGUGAUCUCUUGUGGUCCGAUCCAGAUGACCGUGGUGGUUGGGGGAUAUCUCCACGUGGUGCUGGCUACACGUUCGGCCAAGACAUUUCUGAAACAUUUAACCACGCCAAUGGUCUUACGUUGGUGUCUCGUGCUCAUCAACUUGUAAUGGAGGGUUACAACUGGUGCCACGAUCGGAACGUGGUCACCAUUUUCAGCGCACCUAAUUAUUGUUAUCGUUGUGGGAACCAGGCUGCUAUCAUGGAACUAGACGACACUUUAAAAUAUUCCUUCCUUCAGUUUGAUCCAGCGCCUCGCCGUGGAGAGCCUCAUGUCACUCGGCGUACCCCAGAUUACUUCCUAUAAUCACCUUUUCUCGAACCUGGCCUUGAUCGGAAGGAAAUACCUGGCAUUAGGGGGAGGAGC